ACUCUUCUAUCUCGGAGGUAGAAAACGGUUACAGACGAUGACAUGGCGCGGGUCAAACGCUUAACAACUCUUUUUAUACUUUUAAACUAUGCAUUCGCUUUAACAUCACAGGUGGAACUAAUGUGCGAAGUUGCAAAUGUUAAAGUGGAAAGUGAAGAUGGCAGGACGCAGACGUUUGAGAUGAAGAGACUUGAAUCAGUAAAGGGGGAGGCUUGCUCUCUAUGCGCAUUCCCCGCUGUCAACAAUGCACCUGAACUGUCAGCUUUAAAGUCACAGUUGACCCUCUAUAUAUCUGAGAAAGAACUUUCUCCUGAUUGUGAUCCUGUGAGAGAUGACUUGCCAUUGGGUCUCUGUACAUUCCAUUCAGAUUUGAGUACAUGUCAGAAACAUGAACUGGAUCAUUGUUACCAAAUAUCAGAGAAUUUUGGAGAAGAUUUGGUUCAAAGAAAAGUGCUCCCUUUUGCAACUGGAGAUGAUGACAUUGACAAAACAUUAGGGUUAGGUCUUGUGUUACUGAACUCUGGUAAUAUUGAUGCAGCAAUUGAUACCUAUGAUGGCCUAAUAGGUAACAGACCAAAUACACUUGCUGCUUAUUUCAUGAGAGGUGUGGCUUAUUCACGAAAAGGUUUAAAGGACCAGAAUAAUGCUGACAAAGCAAUAGAUGACUUUACAGAAACAAUAGAAAGAGAUAACAAAUUUAUACAAGCCUAUGAAAGAAGAGCAGAGGCAUACAUAGCAUUACAGCACUAUACCAAAGCAAUAGAUGAUCUAACUAAAGUUAUUGAGCUGAAGUCCAGCAGUAAAAUAUUGUUUGCCAGAGGAGUUGUCUACCUUCUUUUACAAGAUUAUUUUGCUGCAGAGGAAGAUUUUAAGAAGAAUAUUGAUAGUGAUGGCAAUGAUUUACAGAGUUUGUUUUAUUUAGGACUUUCUCAAUACUAUCGCGGAAAAGUUAGGAAUGCAAUUGAAGUGUUUAAAGAAGUUUUGAGUAAAGAUCCAGAUCAUCUUGAUGCCUGCACAAGUCUUGCUCAAGCUUUUAGAGAAAUUGGAAAUUUAAGAAUGUCUAGAAGUAAAUUUAACCAGUCACUAGGUAUUAACAAAGAUCAUGUGAUGAGUUUACAGUUACGAGGAAAUCUUUUAUAUCAUAGUGGGGAACCACAAACAUCUAUCCAAGAUUUCAAGAAAUGUAUAGAGGAGGAGAAAGAUAAUGUUAAUUGUGCCUACAUGAAAGCCUUAUCAGCUACUGCAGUAGGAAGAUUUUAUGAUGGUGUUAAAUCAGCAACCAAAGUUAUGGUACAGAAUAGACCAGUGUUAAAAGCUAGUCCAGAUUUUUUAAAAGCUCAUUAUCUCAGAGAAUAUGCACGAUAUUUACAUGCAAAUUUGGACCAACCUUUAGAAUCCCUUACAGUAGAUACAGAUUUUUCUGAUGACUUCAGAGACCAUUGGUUAAAGAA